UGGGGCUCGCCCGCGGGACGCCGAGGCGAGGUGUGGGGGGACGUGGGCGGCCGGCCGAACCGGAGCCGUAGGCAAAAUUCGAGAUGGACCUCUGACUCCACCAAGACGCUCUCUUCCAAGCAUCGCAACUUCAUCCUUGUUGUUCAUGCCAGAGCAGACCCGGUGACGCUGACCGAAGAUGAACGGGGUCCACGACGGCCAGCCCCUGAACAGGGCAGACGAGGUCGAGCACCUCAUUGACGCCGUGAAAGCCCUCAUCCUUCCCUUCAUCCGGGCGGCUGAUGAGGCCGUUCCAUCAAGGGCCGCUGGAGAACUGCUUCCUAACAAGGAGGGAGUUGUCCAGAAUGCCCUGGUCAACGCGCGGAAACCCGAGGAUCUAGUUCGCGAGCUAUCCCUUUGCCUGCCGGAAGGGCCGGGGCUCGGCGAGGACGGGCUGCUCCGGGCGAUCGGGGAUAUUCUCAAGUACAGUGUCAACACGUGGGACCAGGGCUUCAUGGACAAGCUGUAUGCCAGCACCAACCCAGUUGGCGUCGUCUCCGAGCUGCUUCUCGGCGUCUUGAACACAAACGUGCAUGUCUACCAAGUUUCGCCAGCCCUGACCGUCAUAGAAAAGCACACGGCCCAGAAGCUGGCCAGGCUCUUCGGCUUCACCGGCCCGCGCGCAGGCGGCAUUACGUGCCAGGGCGGCAGCUCGUCCAACCUGACGUCCAUCGUCAUCGCGCGCAACACGCUGUACCCGGAGAGCAAGACCCGGGGCAACCAGUGCGCCACGGGUUCCUUUAUCCUCUUCACCAGCGAGCACGGCCACUACUCGGUCGAGAAAGCCGCCGUGACAUGCGGGCUGGGGUCGUCGUCCGUCUGGACGGUCCCCGUCGACGACGCAGGACGCAUGGAUCCCUCCGCGCUGCGGCGGCUCGUGCAGCGCGCGCGUGCGGAGGGCAACACGCCGUUGUACGUCAACGCGACGGCUGGCACGACCGUGCUGGGCUCGUACGACCCGAUCGAGGCCGUCGCGGCCGUGUGCCGCGAGUUCGGCCUGUGGCUGCACGUCGAUGCGAGCUGGGGCGGCCCGGCCAUCUUCUCGCCGCGCCACCGCCACAAGCUCGCCGGCGCCCACCUCGCCAACUCGCUGACCGUCAACCCGCACAAGAUGCUCAACGUGCCCGUCACCUGCUCCUUCCUGCUCGGCCCGGACACCGCCGUCUUCCACCGCGCCAACACCCUCCCGGCCGGCUACCUCUUCCACUCAACCGCCAGCAGCGCACCCAACCCGCCCCAACCGGCAACAACCAUCACCACCACCACCACCCCAACCACAGCCACCCCCCCAACCCCUGCAGAAAACGGGGAGGAGGACGGCCCACCCGAAGAAGAAGUCUGGGACCUAGCCGACCUAACCCUCCAAUGCGGCCGACGAGCCGACAGCCUCAAGCUGUUCCUGGCCUGGACGUACCACGGCGCGGGGGGGUUCGCGGCGCAGGUGGACCGGGGCUUCGCCGCGGCCGCGCGCCUGGCCGAGCUGGUGGCCGCGCAUCCGGACCUGGCGCCCGUGUCGCCCAGCCCGCCGCCGUGCCUGCAGGUGUGCUUCUACUACGCGCCGCGGGGCGAGCUGGCGGCGGACCCGGCGGAGAAUACGCGGCGCACGCGGGCGGUGGUGCAUGCGCUGGUUGGGAGGGGGUUUAUGGUUGAUUACGCGCCUGGGAAGAGGGGGGCGUUCUUGAGGGUGGUGGUGAAUUCCUUGACGUUGAGGGGGACGGUGGAGGGGUUGGUGAAGGCUGUGGCGGCGGUGGGGAGGGAGGUUGUUGGGGGGUUUUUAAACUAGGUAGGAGGGCUGUACUAUAGAUAACGGACUUGGCUUGGUUGAUGGCAGGCUGUUUCGCUGGGCCGGGGCAAGCCAUGGGAGAACUUUGAGUGUGUGAUAAAUAGAUUGCCAGUUACUGCGCGUGUCAAACUAGACUAGAUUCAAGGAGCGUCCUUGUUGGCAGAAA